AUGGAUUCAGGAUUGCCAGUUAUUUUCUUUACUGCUAUUUGUGGCAGUCUGGUGGCUUCGAUUAGAAAUUCUCUCUGGCAUAAGCUUUCGAUUUUUAAUGAUAGUAUUUCUGAUCUUUGGCUUCUUGUUGGGGACUUUAAUGCUUUGCUCUCUUCUGAGGACAGACAAGGUGGGUUGAAUAGAAGGUCAGGGAUUAGUAAUCAAUUUGUAUCUUGUUUUGCUUCAGCUGCUUUGUCUGAGCUGGUGUUUAGGGGUCCUAAAUUUACUUGGAAGCGUGGAAGCUUAUAUCAAAGAUUGGAUAGAGCUUUUUAUUAUGGACCAUGGAGUUUGAAAUUCCCUGAAGCGGAUGUUUUACGUCUUCCAUGGAUUCAUUCUAAUCAUAGGCCUCAAUUAGUUAGGCUCCAGAGUUGGUCUCCCCCGACAAUUGUUGGUUUUGCUAAUGAUUUGAAGGAAUGGAAUGGUAAAGUGUUUGGGAAUGUGUUUCAUUUUAAAAAGCAAUUACUUGCUAGGAUAGAGGGGAUUCAAAGAGUACUUGAGAAUAGGACUUCCUCUCAUUUGAUGGAAUUGGAAUGUCAACUCCGUAGAGAGCUUGAUGUUAUUCUAUAUCGUGAGGAGCUUAUCUGGUUUCAAAAGUCGAGGUCAGAAUGGAUUCAAUGGGAUGAUAAGAAUAGCUCAUAUUUUCAUCAACGAACCAUUAAAAGAAGAAAAUGUAAUAGAAUUAUUGUGUUGAAAGAUGAAGAAGGGAAUCGGUUAGAGGAGCAAGGUACUUUAAAGAAGCUUGCUAUAGAUUUCUUUUCCAAGCUUUAUUUGGAUGAUGAUAUAAAGAAUAGUUGUUACAAACUGAGGGGUCUUUUUCCUACCCUUAGUGAUGAUUGCCUUAAGGGUUUGGAUUCUUUGUUUUUGGAUAAGAAGAUCAAAGUAGCUCUCUUUGAAAUGAAGCCUUGGAAGGCUUUGGGGCCUAAUGGCCUGCAUGCUAUUUUUUUCAAAAAUCCUAGUCGUGGUUAG